CGUUUUAUCUUUCAAGAUACAUGACUUUCUUUAGAACCCGAGGUUAAGAAUACAAUGGCAAGUUAUGAUUCUAAUCAAAAUAAUUCCAAUAACAAAUAUGUACAUGGACAAUCUAACACAGACGUAAAAAUCGAUAGUAAUAUUUUAAAUGCAAACUGUCGGAUUCAUACCAGCAAACAGUUCAAAUCUUUUUGUGUGGAUCAUGAUGAAUUGGUGUGUGAGGAAUGUGUUUAUUAUGAUCACAGAACAUGUGUUAAAAUUGUUGACUUAGACAGAGUGUCAGAGGGUGUUAAGCAAUGUCAAGAAUACAAAGAUUCAACUGCACGCCUACAUAAUCUGAAAGAUGAUCUUGAAAAAUUAAAAGUGGCAAGAGAAAAUGAUAAAAUCAGAAUUGGCGGGGAAAGAAAGAAAAUCGAGAAUAAAAUGCAAGAAGCUGCAGAGAAUGUCAAAGCCACUGUGGCAAAAUUGUUACAAGAAGGUAAUAAAAAUCUGGACAGUAAAUACAAGGAAUUUGAAGGAGAUAUUGACUGUGAAUUAAAGGUUCUUGAACAGUCAUUAGCCAACGUGACUCAAGCCAUUGAGGGUCUUCAAGAAGAUGGGAAAGAUGCUUUCAUUAAAAUGAAAACAAACAGAAACAUACAAACAGAUGCAAAGGAAACAAUUAAAACUAUAUCUGAGCAUGUGAGAAAGGAAACGAUGAAAUAUACUGUAAACAGCACAUUUGAAACAGCUUCCACUCAGACGGAGCUCGGAAGACUUUCAUUUGAAAAUGAAAAUCUUCCACCAAGACCAAGGCUGUUUCAUGAAGUAUGUGAAUAUGACGCGAAUCUACAAGGAACGUAUGAUGUUAACAUGAAGAAGGAUUUAGUUCCUUGUUUCAUUUUAGACUCUUGUCUUCUCAACGAUGGAUCCAUGGUACUUACAGAUCUUGCUCAUAACUUGAUACUUAGUAUUGACAAGUCAUACAAAAUAGCCGCAUCCUGUGAAGUUCUUGGCGAACCCUGGGGUGUCUGUUCAACCAGCAAUAAAGAAGUUGCCGUCACCUUAAUUGGUAAACAAAUGGUUCAAUUUGUUCAUAUAGCUGAGUUCAUGGAAUUGACACAUGCCUUCAAAGUCAGUAAGGCAUGUCGCGGAAUACUCUUCAAAGAUGGGAACCUGUUUGUGUGUUGUGGUGGUGGAUCAACCUACUGGCGUGCAUUUAUGGAGGGUUCAGGUGAGAUAAGGGUAUAUAAUCUACACGGAAUACUUCUUAAAACCUUCCAAACUGAUGAAAAUGGUAAACGUUUGUUUGGACGUCCAAGGGACAUAAUUCUAAACCCAGAAAACAAUCUCUUCUAUAUAACAGAUGAAACAAAUGGAGUUAUCAUUCUUAACAGGCGUGGUCAAAAGCUUUCCACGAUAACAGAUAAAAAUCUUACAGCAGCUAGAGGGAUCACGUUCGACAACAGGGGUCAAUUGUUUGUUGGCUGUUUCAAAUCCAACCAUGUCCUUCUGUUUGACGGAGAAGGAGUUCUUAUACAUAUACCUGUAACCAACACAAUGGGUGAUGUGUCGGUCAGAUCACUAUGUCUUAAAGCAGAAAACCUUGUAAUAACAGGUCACAAUAAUACCAUACAGGUCUUUGACUUGGUUAGAAGAUAAUAAACAGAUAGCGCUGCUAGAACAGGGUGAUCCAUAAUAUAUAAUAACAUAACAGCUUUAAUAGCUUUGUCAGUUUUUACAAUAAUCUAUAUUGUAAUAUACAUUACAUCAGCAUACAUGCUUUGAUUUGUCUUUUUUUCAUGCGAAUUUAUUUAAUCGAAAGAUACCUUACAAAGUUAUUUUCCCAGUCUUACAGUAACUUGUCAUUCAAACAACGUUUUUAUUACCUCUCAAGAGCUUAGCGAGUAUAACACAGCAACGCUGAAAAACACUUGAACGCGAAGAGCGAAUUAUGUUUUAAAUGAGUAAAGCAAAAAUGCCGUUUAACACAGCAACGCUGAAAAACACUUGAACGCGAAGAGCGAAUUAUGUUUUAAAUGAGUAAAGCAAAAAUGCCGUUUAACACAGCAACGCUGAAAAACACUUGAACGCGAAGAGCGAAUUAUGUUUUAAAUGAGUAAAGCAAAAAUGCCGUUUAACACAGCUACGCUGAAAAACACUUGAACGCGUAGAGCGAAUUAUGUUUUAAAUGAGUAAAGCAAAACAGCCGUACUGCGUUCUUUUUUCAUGAUCCUAUGUUAUGCAUAGAAGUUAUUGCAAAUAAGUGUCAUGCAAAAAUAUCAUCUAAAAUAAAUAAUAUUUAUUGUAACACAAAUAUAAAACAUACUGGGAGGGAUUUUGAAUGAGAUUUUGAUAAAUGCUGCAUGUUAAACAAUUUCCUAUAUGU